UUCAGCCUCGUUCCAGCGCUGCUAAUAGUUGAUCGUGCCAGACUUAUUCUCCCAGAUAACCUGACAGCUUUAGGAGCUUCAGCUACAGCUCGCCCACUCUCUCUACCAUUCCUGCUGACGAAACCCGCUCACCACCGGCGUCCCGUAAACAUAUUCCCUGCUUUCAAAGCUUUCGUAUCGUCUCGCGACCGAAGCUUCAUUAGCCUCCACGCACAAUGAGGUCAAUUUCGCCCCUAGUAACAUGCCUGGUAGUUUGCGUGCUCGUUUUGGGAGUUGCGGAGCGAGCAAACGCGCAAAUCCCCAACGUCAACCUCACCGCCAUCACCGACUUCCUGAACGAGUUUUUUAAAGCUCUUCGCGACGACAAGCAAAGCUCCUUCCCCGGCGUCAAGCUCUACGUGCUGAAGGGCAAAGCGGAGAACACGGGCGACUACAACGAGGUGGAAGACGACAACGGCGACUGUGACCAGGAGACGAAGCUCGAGAUCACCAAGUACACGUAUAAUAGCAUCGUGUCCUUCAAGUUCGAGGCGAAGGCAAAGUCGACUAAAAUCAAGUCGAUGACGAUUCGCCAGGGCCUUCCAACCGCGACAGGCAAGGUAGUGCUGGUGGUUCCCGGAACGCCCGUGAAGGACGAUGGCGACUACAGCCUCACGUCGUGGCUCGUGAAUGCGUCCUAUGUGGUAGCGUACAACGGCCUGAGCGUUACAAGCGUGAUCGAUGACAUCUACACGUCACCUUACGCUUAUUAUCUGAACGCAACGACGAGCAAGGGGUGGCGGCGCGGGCAAAUGUACAAACCCCUGUUCUGCUUCUGGUGUGACUACUAAUUUAGGGCAAGGAAGGCAUGGUAUGGCAAGAUACCCUUGCAGAGGUUAGCAAGGCAAGUUGCCACGUUGCCUCCCUACUGGUCCAUCCCAAGGGUGUAUCUACUGUACUCUCCAUAGCAAUCUAUGUGGUAGGAGGCAUUCUUUGCAGUGUAUGUAGGAUUGGGCUAGGCUGGGGUAAGCUCUUGGUGGGUUCUAGUCUGCUAGAUGGCAUUUCUUCAGUAGGCUAGGGGACCAUGGGGCUGCAAAUCGAUUCGUAUUCGUAAACCACUCGAGGACUAAUCAAGAGAUGCUGACUCUCAUGCGCAUGUUGUCACCGUUGUCUUGAAGUAGUGCGUUGAAGGCUGCU